AUGCCGGAAUUUUUCUCGCAGCUCGUUGCGGGCUUCGGUUUGAAUGCUGGCGGAUCGAUAAGAAGUGAAAGGAGAGAGGGCGAGAAUGGACAAGGUCGUGCGAGCGAAUAUCCGUUACAGAGAGGGGGCGCAGUGGGAAAAUUCCAGCAAAAUCUGAACGACAUCGCCCAUGUCGAGAUGAUGAAUAAGAAGCGUCGGCGAAUCGCAACGUCAGGCGGUAGGACCUCGUUGGAAAGUCCCCCCAACGGCUCAAAUGGGGCUGUUCUAACCCCUCGGUCAAAGCAGCCAAAAUCAACGGGUGAGUGAAGGAGUUAUUAUGAAUGAUUGACUUCUAUCACUAAGCGUCGUGAAGGGAAAAUUUCGCCGUAUUUUCCCGUCAAAGAGACUCGAGCGACGACGAGUAGGGUGCAAACAUAUUCCGGCGACCCGUCUGCGGGCUCCAACAAUGAAAUAUCACCAACGCUUAUCCCACCAUCGUCCACCUUUCCGAGUGGCUCGAUCUGGUCGGACGAAGAUGUGCAGUUCUUACGCGACGCACGCGAAGAGCAUGCAAUCCGCGUCAACAAUGUGGUCUCUACCGGUGUUGGGGCUGGGGUCGGACAUGACCCUCCUGAGCGGCUAUGUACAGCACGCGAGGAAGAGUCCGACGAGAACGACUCUCCUCCCGGGACCAUGGGCUGCAGUCAGUGGUCUUUCCAAUUUCUUGACGCGGGUACGCAGCACAAUGAAGAAAGAAUUCAGCGCGCGGCCACGGAUCGCGGUUCCGACGGUGAUGGCAGCGCGGCUCUCCAGGCGCUCUCACAGUCUGGCGGGACUCAGCCCGGAAACCUCUCCCAGCCGGCUCGAUCCCAGCCGGCUCGAUCCCAGCCGGAUAACGGCAUUGCAUCCACAUUUCACUGCUCAAUCUCCUGGACGGCAUGUAUUGACCGGCUCGACGCCCUUGUCCUAGAGCAGUCAGGCGGGCAAGGAAUUGCAGACGGGGACGGUCGCGCGGCCGCGAAAUGGCACGCUGUUCGUAGAGGGCACCGUCCUGGUGUAUAUGAGGAUCCUGAUGAGGCUCUCCAGCAAAUGGACGGAUUCUCGAACGCUCUGUACAAAGCCUGCGACACCGAAGAAGAGGGAAAUUAUUUCGUCAACCACGACAAGAACGGAUGCCAAGGGUCUUGCUGUCGAGAGGACGAAAUCGUGCUCAGCGAAGAGCAGGCUAAGCUCAUGCGAACCGUACAGGAGUUGAAGAACGUAUGUUGUCUCGGUCCCGGAGGCACUGGGAAGUCAUUCAUCACUCGCCUCCUUACCAAGGAGCUUACCGAGAAAGGCCUACUCGUGAGCAUCACCGCUGCUUCCUCACUGGCGGCGCUGACGAUCGGCGGAAGGACUGUGGAGUCCUGGGCUGGCUUCACGCUCGAAACGAAGAAAAAGCCUCUGGUGCAAGUGUUGCGGCAGGCACUCAACUCACCAAGCUACAAUCGAAUACUCGAGACGCACAUCCUGGUCAUCGACGAGAUCAGUAUGGUGUCUUCGGUCGUGAUGUAUCGUCUGGACAAGCUCUGUCGCUUUGUGCGGUCCAGGCUCGAUGAGCCAUUCGGUGGGAUCCAGAUGUAAGUAACACGGACUAGGCGAAAGCAGGUUCUGUGUUCACUAACGAUAUCGGAUUUCACAGAAUCGCGAUGGGGGACUUCAGGCAGCUGCCGCCUGUGAAACCUUUUGAAUAUUGUGCGGAUUGUGGCGUCGCAACUAAUGUCGACGUAGUCUGCCCACAAUGUCGAAAAGACUGGUCCGAAGCAGAGCCUCUCGCCUUUGGCUGCCACGUCUGGGAUGAGUGCGUGUUCUCCUACCUAGCCCUCACCAAGCCAUUUCGACAAAUCGACGAGGCCUUCUUCAACAUCCUCUCGAAAGUGCGGCUCGGUGAGCUCUCGGAUGCAGACGCUAACUUGCUCCUGCAUCAUGACUCCGACACGACUGACGGCAUACAUCUGUAUCCGAGGAACGACGACGUCGAUGAGCACAAUCGGAAGAGGCUCAACGAGCUUCCCGGGCCAUCCCAGACCUACAAAUGCGUAGACGAAUUCGUAUGGAACGGAACCUCGCCGCAAGACUGGGAGCUGGCUCGCAACAUGGCCGACACGAAGUAUCAUGAGCAUCGUCUCGACAGGCGGUCGGAAUUGCGGGUAGGCGCGCAAGUCAUGCUCACUGCCCAUGUCAAUGAGAGGUUGGGCCUCGUCAAUGGCGUCCAGGGCAAGAUCGUGGGCUGGCAAUCCGUUCCCAAGGUCAAUGCCCAAUGGGGAGAAUUCUACCCCGAUCGAAAGCGCAAUGUUGCAGCUUGGUGCGAACAGAACGGCAUCGACAGGUUGCCCGUCAUCCGCACAAAGGACGUGGAGCAAUUCGUCGUCCUCCCGAUCUGCAUGGUCGAGUCGAUCGGCCAGCUCGUCGAGGGAUCGGAGCCCACGGUCGUUGCCCGCGCACAGAUCCCAUUGACCCUCGCCUGGGCGCUCACCAUCCACAGGGUCCAGUCGCAGGAGUUUGACAAGGCAAGUAUUCGUUGGGAAGCGCAAAACCCAUCGUCCUCUCGCUGACUUUCGCGCGCGCGCGCUUGGGUUCGCAGAUCAUCGUCCAUAUGGAUCGCAUCUGGAGUCGCGAACUAGCAUACGUGGCCUUGUCGAGAGCCAAGGACUUGAAAGGGUUGGAGGUCGUGUGUCGCGAUGGUUUGAAUUCACUCAAGCGAGGUGGUAGGCUGACGGCGUCGGAGCGCACCCGAACUCUCGACAUCUGGUCCAAGACGCAUUACUCGGCCAUUACGAUUUGA